UCAGUUUGUGAUACAUUCAUUUUUUUUGUCAUCACAUUUUGACCAUGCAUUGGCAAGUAGCUCCUGACAGUGAGAGAAAGAGAGAGAGAGAGAGAGAGAGAGAGCGAGUGAGAGAGAGAGAGAGAGGAAGAAAGGGAGUUGAGGUUGAUCUUUUUCUUUUCUUUUCUUUUUUUAACAGUACACAGCAAACACAGAAAGUGAGGGAGGGCAUUUUGUGUUCAUCAGAGUUUUAUCGUUGUCUAAGUUUAGAUCUUGGCUCUCACAUGGCUUCUCAAGUAACAAGACUGCAGGCUCACUGCAGCCACUCCACACUUCAGACAGAAACAGGGCUCCACGCAGAAACAACCCCAGAAAAGUAGCUGGUCACAGGAAAAUGAGAGGAGGGGCUGUUAACACCAGACACUGUCAUAUAGGCUGACAUUUCAAACAGGACUCGCAGACAUAGACGUAGGCGUAGACGUAGACGUAGACGUAGGACACAAACAGGACCAUACUGUGUGGAAGCAACCCUUCCCUACAUCAGUUUAUCUCUGGUUUCUACCUGGACAAUGACAGAGCAAGCAGAAGGGGGAGUCAAGCUAUCUCCAACCUCUGCUUCUGAGCAACAGGCUCCACAUUUUCUACGAGAUGUCAUCUUCCAUGGCAAGUUUAAGUUGCUGAAGGCUCUAACACCAGAGGAAAACACCCAGUGCCAGCAUGGCCUCUUCUUCCAGGAUGGGCAGCGGCGCGUAGACUAUGUUCUCACCUACCCUGUGAAGAAGCCGGGUGGGGGACGAUCCAGUCGACAGUCAGUGCACCUGCUCACUGAAAAUGCUGUUGCCCGCAGCCUACGACGUGGCCCCCAGAGCCGUGGUGAACAUCAAAAACAGCAGGCACAAAAGGCAACAGGCUCAUCUUCCCAGCAGUCAUCGCAUGUGGCUGACGUGGAGUUGGGCUGUACGGGGGAAACCCUCAAUGGCCAGGACGACCACAAGGCCUUCAGGAGGGAGGAGUUUGAGGGGAAACUGAAAGACAUGGGCCUAGAUCUGGAGAAGGAUGAAGAUACCAAGAUUCCUGGGGUUGGCUUUGUGAAGAUUCAUGCUCCGUGGAGUGUUCUGUGUCGAGAGGCUGAGUUCAUGAAGCUCAAAAUGCCCACUAAAAAAAUGUAUGAAGUUAAGCAGUCGGGCAGUGUUAUGGAAAAGAUCAAUUCUCUGGUUAGUAAAGUUCUGGAGCCCCUUCAUCCUCAUGUUGAAGUACAUGAACCCAAGAAUGUCAAACACCUGUCACUCACUUUUUCAAGGGAAAAGCAACAUCUGUUCGACCUUUCAGACAAAGAUUACUUCUUUGACAGCAAAACAAGGAGUUCAAUAGUAUUUGAAAUACUAAAAAGAACAAAAUGCAAGGCCAAGUACAGCAUGGGGAUCACCAGUCUUCUUGGUAGUGGUGUAUAUACAGCAGCUUACCCUCUUCAUGAUGGCGAUAUUAAUAAGGAGUGUGCAGAGCCCAAUGACAGAAAGCUUUUGUAUGAAGAGUGGGCAAACUACAGUGUCUUCUACAAAUACCAGCCGAUUGGACUUGUGCGGAAGUAUUUUGGUGAGAAAAUUGGUCUCUACUUUGCCUGGUUGGGUCUCUAUACCCAAAUGUUAAUUCCUGCCUCUCUGGUGGGGGUCAUAGUCUUCCUGUAUGGAUGUGCAACAGUUGAUGACAACAUACCAAGCAUGGAGAUCUGCCACCCAAAGAAUAACAUCACAAUGUGUCCUCUGUGUGACCGAGUGUGCAGCUAUUGGAAACUUAGUACUGCCUGUGGAACUGCCCGGGCUAGUCACCUGUUUGACAACCCUGCCACUGUUUUCUUCUCAAUAUUCAUGGCUCUGUGGGCUGCCAUGUUCAUGGAGCAUUGGAAGAGGAGGCAGAUGAGGCUUAACUAUGAAUGGGACCUUACUGGGUUUGAAGAUGAGGAGGAAGCGCUUAAGGACCAUCCCAGGGCUGAAUAUGAAUUCAGAGUAAUGCAGAAAUCUCUGAGGAAAGAUCAUAAAUCACAGCACAAGGUGGAAAAGCUUACUUGUCAAGAUCGCCUCCCUGCCUACAUGACUAACAUCGUCAUGAUGCUGUUGAUGAUUGGUGUUACAUUUGCCAUUGUCUUUGGUGUGAUCCUCUACCGAAUCUCCACCAAAGCCGCUCUUCAUAUGAGUUCCAGUUUGAUCACAAGGAACCAUGUACAACUGACCGUCAAAACUACUGCGGCCAUUAUCAACCUGGUGGUCAUUCUCAUAUUGGAUGAAGUGUAUGGAGCCGUAGCACGAUGGCUUACCGUGCUAGAGGCUCCUAAAACAGACAAGAUUUUUGAGGAACGACUCAUCUUCAAGACCUUCAUCCUGAAGUUUGUCAACGCUUUCACCCCGAUUAUCUACAUCGCUUUUUUCAGGGGCAGACUGGUAGGCAGACCAGGCAGCUACCUAUAUGUGUUUGAAUCUUACAGGAUGGAAGAGUGUGCCCAUGGCGGUUGUCUGAUGGAGCUGUGUAUCCAGCUGAGUAUCACUAUGCUUGGAAAGCAACUAAUACAAAACAACCUUUUCGAGAUUGGAAUACCCAAACUGAAGAAACUGAUUCGAUACAUUCGGUCCAAGCAAGGAGCUUUUCAAGAGGAAGAGAGACAGAAGAAAUUGCAGAGAUAUGAAACCGACCACUUCCUGGAACCAUUUGCUGGAUUAACUCCCGAAUAUAUGGAAAUGAUCAUCCAGUUUGGUUUUGUUACAUUGUUUGUUGCGUCCUUCCCCCUUGCUCCACUCUUUGCUUUGCUCAACAACAUCAUUGAAAUACGACUUGAUGCCAAGAAAUUUGUGGCAGAGUUACGAAGACCAGUGGCAGCAAGAGCCAAAGACAUUGGUAUAUGGUACAACAUAUUAAGAGGGGUAGCAAAAGUUGCAGUCAUCAUUAAUGCGUUUGUCAUCUCCUUCACUUCGGACUUCAUACCUCGGAUGGUCUACCAGUACAUGUACAGCCCUGAUGGCUCCAUGCAUGGAUUUGUGAACCAUACGCUGUCCUAUUUUAAUGUCAGCCACUUCCAGGAUGGCAAAGAACCCAUGGAUCCAUUACAUCUUGGCUACCACGUUGAGGUUUGCAGGUAUAAGGACUAUAGAGAGCCUCCUUGGUCAUCCACGCCAUAUGAGAUUUCCAAGGAAUUCUGGGCAGUGCUGGCUGUUCGACUGGCCUUUGUCAUUGUUUUCCAGAAUAUAGUGAUGUGGAUGAGCGACAUAGUAGACUGGCUAAUUCCAGACAUCCCCAAAGAUAUCAGCAUGCAGAUCCACAAGGAGAAGAUUCUCUUGGUUGACCUUUUUAUGAAAGAAGAACAAGGCAAGAUGAAUAUUCUUGAGAGUGGGUCCUCAUCAGGUGACAAGGAGAACUGCAGUAGGGGCAGCAACAACAACAACAGCACAGUGGCUCACCCACGGUCCCGAAUGCACACCAUAAGCUUCUAAUACUAAUGUCAGUGUUUUUAAUGGCUCAGUCUUAUUUAGCAAGUCAAAGCUUGCUGGUGUCUUGGUUGCACAAAGCGACAUAAAUCCUGUUUGUUUGUUUGUUUUUUUACUUUCAUUUUAUUUUAUUUUUAUUUUGUAAUGUGCGUUUAGAACAUUCCAACAACUGGGAGAGCAGCUGGUCAAUGAGGUUUCAGGAAAUUAAAGGUGUAGCCUGUAAUCUGUUCAAAUCUAUUCUGAUUUGUGUGCAUAGAGAUUUUAGAAUUCAUGUAGAAAAUCUGUUAAAAAGCUGAAAGAGAUUUGAAAAUGUGUUGACUAUGUGUUAACAAAUCCCUAAAUGUGUUUAAUGUGACUUUUUACUAAUGAGCCCACAAGUCAGGUGGAAAUAUUUAAUAAUGUAAGGUCUGAACAAUGUAUUUAGAUAUGUAGGAAAUGUUUGGAAUAUAAGACCUCAUUUUGAAACAUAAAAAUGUAAACAUAGGGUUUAGUCCUGAUUCAGUAUAGUCUCAGGGGACGGAAUUAAUAUGGGUAUUGCUCUUGGUGAUUUGGGUUGGCUGAAAGUCUAGGAUUCUAAUGAAAUCUGGGAGCACCUUGGCUCAUUAUAAAUUGCAUUUAAGAAGGGCCCAAAAAUUGUCAAAAUGACUCAAAACAAGGGGUCUGUUCAUUAUGUCAAGUACUUUAAGCCUUAAACCCUCAUUUUAAGCCACAACCUCCUUCAUUACAUUGCUGGUGAGAGUUUUAACAGUUCUUGUUGGAAUGUCUCCUUUUGACCCCUUGAAUGCUCUGGCUCCUAAUAGGUUUCUUAUCUUAUUCAUUUUCAACUGGAAGUUCAAGUAUUAAGGAGACAUCGUCUCAGAUUUCGUCUGACCUUCUUUUGAAGAGAUUUUGUAUGUUUUAAGCCAAUCAUAGUCUUACUUUGCUUCAAUUUGUAUGGCAUGAAAGAACAAUCAAGGGUUCUUUACAAGGUUACUUAAAGGCUUACUCCCAUUGUCAUCUCCUUCAGGAUGAUGGAAGGUUCCCAGAACAGUACAUCCCUGACUAGAGCUGGGUUUAAGUGGAUUGCUUCACCAUGACUGAUGUGACCUUUACUUGUUUUUAAAUUCAACCCAUAGAAUUUAACUUUGGAACAAUAAGAAAGUAUAAUAUUAGGAAAACAUCAACCCAUGAGGAGUAAGUUAUAAGAACCUAAUAAAAGUAAAAUAAAUUAUUUUCCUCAAUGGCAUGUGCCAAUUAUUUUAUUAUUAUUAUUAUUAUUAUUUUUACUUCAGUGUCAGAUGUCAAUACUAUAGAAGGCAGCUACCUAACCUUUACUCCUGUACAAGCUCAAUAAAUAUGUAGAGAAUUACAGAGAGGGCAGAAAACAAAGGCAGGAAGUGAAGUAAAAUAUGACACACCAGAGAAGUAAUUUCCGAAAUGCAACAGGAAAUAUAACUAAUAACCCAAUUUUCUUGCACAUGCAUAAACAUUAGUUGUGGAGCUCCACAGGGCUUUGUGCUAAAACUAAUGCUUUUUACAUUAUACAUGCUUCAUUUUGGCAAUAUUAUUAGGACACUCACUUUUAUGCAGAUGAUGCUAUAUUUGUGUAUGAUACAGUACAGUAAGUCAACUUAAAGACUUUAUGGCUUGGAUGACUUGUAACAUUUAAAAAUCGACAUAUCGGUACUAAAACAAAGACUAUAAGCAUGAAUUCUCUCACCUAUGAACUAUUUUGUAAUCUAUUAACAUCCUAUAUUAAAACAAUACCAAAACAUUAUAUUGUUAUUAAUUAUUAUUAGGAUGUUCAGAUAGCUUUCUAAAAAAACAAACAAAACAAAACAAAAAAAAGCUUACAGCUGCAACUGCUGCAGUUGGAGCACUGACAAGAAUUUGAGAUAGACAGAAGUAUUUCUCCAGUUUAAGCUUCUCUUCAUUGGCUUACUGUAACGUGAUAAUUUCCAAUGCUUCCCCCUACAUACAAGGCCCUCAUACAUACAUAUUACAUAUUGAAAAACCUCAUAACCCAAAUAUGACUCUAACCACUGGCUGUAUGUAAAUGUGAGUACAGACAUCAUAAUUCCACAUUACCUGUGUCACUUAAGUGUAAAGAAAACAGGGUAUAACACAGUGCCUGUAGUUGCGUAGUGUGAUAUGUAAAACUGUAGCUUUAGCCAAACAAAGAUUAGAAAGUUUUGAUAUGAGGCUGAAUGGUUCCUGAUUGUGUCGGCGUUGUUUCAUUUUACCAAAUAAGUAACAAAGCAGUAUAAACCUGUAACCUGUGCUCUGUUUGCUUUUCUUUGACUAAAUCUAAAUUCUUGAAAUACAUAUAAUAAUGUGAUUUACUUUUACUUUUUAGCAGACAUGGAAAAAGAAAACUCUUUACUCUACAGAAAUGUUUCCAGCUAUUAUCAGUUUUAAAUGUAAUAAUUCAUUAUAUUGUGCUAUGAGUCAAGGAAUGAUCUCCUAUAUUGUGUGUGGGGCUGUAUGCAGAAAUUAUGAUAUACUGUCCUACAGCAGAAGUGGUCAAAAUUCUGUAAUGAAAGUAUAAAGAAAUAUGUAUAUAUCUUCAUCACAAGUACACUUUUGUCAAAUUUAUUGAAAUGUUUUUAUCAAUAUGUUACUAUCAUGACAUGCAUAUACUCUAGGUCUACGUUCAACUAUGGACUGAUGGCGGUCUGAGGAACAAAAUAUCAUUAAUAAAGUGAAUGCAACUGAUGGA